AUGCCAAUCGAAGCGAAUGAAAGCAAAACCGUGGUAUCAGGUGGGAAGAUACCAAAAAAGGUAAAGAAGAACUCGGUUACUGUAACAUCUUCGAACACUGACAAUGUCCUUACUACAGAUUCUACACAACCAAGUCACGUUGAUCCAAAUGCUAUACGAUACCAACCAGAGCCCAAACCAUUGCCAGAAGAUGUGGCACGAGCUGAGCGAAAUGAACAGACAAGGUAACGUAUUUUUUGUAUGUUAGGCUAAAUAGUUUGUACAGACUAUUGUAAUAUUGUAGUAGGUAGAAACUAUAUAUUUUGAGCUUUAUUCAGUUUUACUGUCAAAAGACUUUAGUAUUUUUCUUUUUGUAGUCUAAUAUACAACCUAAUACUCAGAGAGUAUUGAUUAUCAUAUCUGUCACUGCCAAACACUAAUUUGAAUUUUUAGAUGUGAAUCAUGCUGCUAUAUGUUUUGGCAGAUAAUUCGACUGACAUUUGUGAUCCUACUACUGCUUUUCUUGUUCACAAUCGCAUAUCUUAUGUACAACAAUUUGUAUCAUAAUAAAUAA